AUGGGGACUGCAGGUAUUUUGGGGAGAGAUGGUCUGAGGGAGGCUUCUAUUAGGGACGGUGAGGAGGGAAGAAAAAAGGGGGACAGAGGGAAGGAAGUGGAAGGAUGGGAAGAUGGGGAAGGAGGGGAAGGCAGGGAAAGGGGGGAAGGCGGGGAAGGAGGGGAAGGAGAGGAAAGAAGGGAAGGAGGGGAAGGAGAGGAGGUGGGGGAGGGAGGGGAAGGAGGGUCAGAUGCGGAUGGCACAGCAGCAUCAGGUGCAAAUGGAGAGGGCGACCUGAGGGACGAGGGUUCAGUGCCUCGGAAGCGGCUGCGGUUGACGAAAGAGCAGUCGCUGCAACUGGAGGAGAAGUUUGCCCUCGUGUCCUCUCCCAACGCUGCAGAGAAGGCUGCAUUUGCAAGGGAGCUGCAGCUGCAGCCACGGCAGGUGGAGGUGUGGUUCCAGAACCGACGUGCACGGCACCGGCUACGCCAGGCAGAGGAUGACUGUGAGCAGUUGAGGCGGAGGUGUGAGCAGCUGGAGCGGGAGAACGAGCACAUACAGCAGCUGCUCUUGCAGAGCUCAGCAGGCCGCAGUGCAUCAGGGGUAGCUGCUAGCACCAGAGGCGGGGCAACGUUAACUCAAGUGGAGUCAGCAGACCAGCAGCAGAGCAUGCAGGGCAUGCAGAUGCUGGUAGCAACCAGGUGGAAACUGGUGUUCACCUGGAAACUUUGA